ACGAUAAAUCUUCGUUCCAGCAUCAGUCAUCCACCAGCAAUCGUCUGAUAAGCUUCAAUUCUUCCUUACCGGAAUCGCAACCCACCAUCCCACUAUGAAGACGUUCGCCGCCAUUGCUGUCCUAGCCCUGAUCGCUGGCACUUUCGCUCUCACGAUUGAUCAGAAAAAGAAGGCCGAAGCACAUGCAGCCGAAUGCGUCCAGUCGACCGGUGUACCGCCGGAAACGGCGGCCAAACUGAAGGGUGGUGAUUUUACCGGUGCCGACGACAAGACCAAGUGCUUCGCCAAGUGCUUCCUGGAGAAGGCCGGCUUCAUGACGGACAAGGGCGAUUUUGAUGAGAAGACCAUCAUCGAGAAGCUGUCGGUUGAUCACGAUCGGGCAAAGGUGGAGGGACUGGUGAAGAAGUGCAACCACAAGGAGGCUAACCCGUGCGAGACGGCCUUUAAGGCGUACCAGUGCAUCUACGCCGCUAAGGCUGCGGUCGUCUAUAUAAAAAUACACCAGAGAUGCAUGGCCGAACGAUACUCCAGCAACAGGUGCGUUACGAUGAAGUUCUUAGUGUUUGCUAGUGUGUUAAGUGUGAUGUGCUUGGAUGCACUCGUCCACGGGGCAGAACCAGCAACAGGUCCUCCAAAUCUGGAAGAUGUUAGCAAAAUUGCCAACGGGGAAGCAUUCGCACUGGAGUGCUUAAUUCAGAGCGGACUCAAGCUGGACUCGCUUGCUUCACUCUCCACUAGCGACCUGGAUACGAAUGGAAAUAAAAUUAAGUGUUUGGUGAAAUGUUUCUUCGAAAAAACAGGCUUCAUGGAUAAAGAUGGUCAGCUGCAGGAGAAGACGAUCACGGAGCAGUUGUCCAAGUUUAUGCCACUGGAGCGCAUUGAAUCACUGAUUAAAAACUGCAACUUCCAGGAGGCGGAUGCGUGUGAAACCGCCUAUAAAGUGACGGAGUGUUACUUCCAGAAUAAGGCUGGAUUGUUCUAAGUUUGCCAGCAGUCAUGUGGUUGAGUGAGGUACGAGUGUCUACUCCACCAUCUUUGUGUUAUAUGUGAUCCGCGUCAAUAAAAUCCAUAACAUAGCGAA